AUGAUUUUGAUUGAUGCAUCUUCAAUCUACCGACGUCAAAAUCCUGUAUCUGAAACCGAUAUUAGAGAAUUUAAAUUAUGGGUAAAAUAUGCUAGUGCUGCAUAUUGCGACGUAAAAGAUUGGAAAUGUGGUAAAGCAUGCGAAGGUGAUACAGCCGGAACUCGAUUAAUAAAAUUUUUUCAACAAUCGGUUCCAAGAGAUAAUAAUGGCUUUGUAGCAAUUAAUGAUAAAGAAAGAGCAAUUAUAAUUUCUUACAGAGGAACGUCCGAUAUACAAUCCAUUAUACAAGAUUUUCAACUUAAUCUAACUCCGUAUUCGCCAUCUGUACCAGAUGCAAAAGUACAUUUUGGUUUUUAUGCUACAUAUAAUGAUACAAGAGAAGAAAUUACUUCUUUAGUUAAACGAUUAGUCAAAGAUAAUCCUUCUUAUAAAGUUAUUUCUACAGGACAUUCUUUAGGAGGAGCUUUAGCAGUAUUUCAAACUUUAGAUUUAAUUGGUACACCAGGAUUAAACCCUUCUAAUCUUUUAACCUACACUUUUGGUGAACCGCGUUCUGGAAAUAAUGCUUUUGCUAAAUUUAUCAUAAAUUCUGGUUAUAAAUUUUUUAGAGUUGUAAACCAAAAUGACCUUGUUCCUCAUUUACCUUCCCGUAAACUUAAAUACAUUCAUUAUGGUCCUGAAUAUUGGAUAAAUCCAAAAAAGGACAUUGUUCUCUGUCAAAAUGCUGAAGACAAAAGAUGUAGUUCUUCUUUGCCAUUUAAAUCUCUUGUUAGACAUGCUAGAUAUUUUGACACGGUUUUUCUUUUAACUUGUCUAAUUAAAAAAUAG